GUCACUCGAAAGACAUGGCCUUUAUUGCAUGCUACAGGAAGUUGAACGGCAGUGCUUUGAGCUCGAGAACAAGUGAGAAGAACCUUGUGAGGUUGAGAAAAUUACAACCUUGGAGACGCUUGAGGUUGAAGAAGAAGAAGCAGCUUGGCCUACUUGCUACAUAACUCCAUAACUCCAUUGCAAGAGAAAAUCUGAAAAAACCCAACCCAAGGAGAAGCAGCCCAACAAUGGAUAAGAAAGCUUUCAACUUGGAAGAAUUAGAGUUGAAGCAGAGGAAGCUCGCCCUGCCAUUGAAGGACCUUUUGGACUAUUUUGAUUCCUUCCGGAAUGGGAUCCUCACCAGAUUGCAAGAGGUACAGGAUCACGAGAAGCAAAUGGGGGUCUUAGAGAACCAAGUGCAAGCAAAAGCCAACGAAUUGCGUGGAAUUGAGAGGUUGAUUGAAGAGAAAUUAAAAGAGGUCGAAUCGGGCACGGAGCACUUGCGCUCUCUUCAGUUAUUGAUUAAAGAGCAUAAUGAAGAGAUUUCUGUUAAGGAGAAGAGAUUUUCGGAUGUUCAGAGAUGGGUUGGAGAGAAGGAGAAAGAGUAUGAUUCUAUUGAAAAAAGUAUUAAUUGGGGAACAAGUAAAUUGAAUUGGUAUGAGAAAACAGUGGAAGAGAAGUCAAAGUUGGUUGAGUCUAAGGAAAAGGAAUUAAGAGAGGUUCAAAGACUUUUAAACAAGUACUCUGAGGACAUUCAGUUGAAGGAGAGGCAAUUAAAUGAGAUUUUGGGGUCAAUUGAGAAGCAGAACAAAAUAUUUGCUUUGAAAGAAGAGAAAAUUAAAGAAGCACGAAGAUUGGUUGAUGAAUGUGACAAGGAGAUGAAAUUGAAAAAGGAGAAACUUGGAUUGAUUCAGAAAUCGAUAGUGGAAUUCUCUAAGACAAUCGAAUCGAAACAUAAAAUAAUUAGGGGAAUGGAUUUGAAAGUGAAAUUUUUUUCUUUGCAUAAGAAAUCAAUGGAGGAGUUGUUCUGUAAACUUGAAUUGAAAGAGAAACAAUUUGAGUCAAAAGUUGAGGAAAUUAGUCUGAUUGAAAAAGGGGUGACUGAUUGCCUCAACGAGGUUCAGUUGAAAGAAAACCAUUUAGAUUCGCUUGAACAGUUGAUACAAGAAUGUGGGAAGCAUUUGGAUUCACAAGAAAAGUCAUUACAAGAAUGCUCCAAUGGUCUUGAAAAGAAAGAGAGGAAACUGGAGCAAUGGGCCAGAGAACUUGAAUUGAAACAACAGCAAAUCAAUUCAAUUCAAAAAUCCACCGAAGAACACACCCAAACUCUGGAAUAUACCCAUGCUAACAUUGCUACUAUUCCUUCUUCUGCAAGUAAUCAUUCUAGCAUCAAUAGGGAUGGUAGAUGCUUGUUGUUGCUCAUGAAUGAGAAUUUGAAGAGAAUUGCUUUAUUGUCUAGCGAAAUGUCUGCUCAUCUUAAAGCAUCAUCAGACCCAGCAGAAUUGGUUUUAAAUGCAAUGGAAGAGUUUUACCCUUCAAAUUCGGCUGUGGACAAAAUGAAGUUUGAUUUUGAUCUGACAGUUAUUAGAAGGAGUUGUAUUCUUCUGUUGCAGGAGUUAAAGAGGUUGUCACCGCAGAUUAAUCAUCAGGUGAAAGAAAAAGCAAUUAAGUUGGCAGCUGAUUGGAAGGAUAAGAUGACAGUGGCGGCUGAGAAUGUCUUGGAGGUUUUAGGUUUUUUGUGGCUUCUUACUGCGUUUGAGUUGACCUCUACUUAUGAUGAGAGGGAGCUUCAAAGUUUUCUUGCUGUAGUUACUCAACCGGAAGAUGCAACUGACCUAUCCCAGGCCCUUGGCAUCACAAAUAAGGCACCUGGUAGCACCCUUUCAUUCCCUGUUAAAACGGAGGAACCAGAAUCCUCACAAGUCAGAAAUGUAGCAACUUCUCCUUCUCCAAAUUUUCAACCAAGCGCCACCACAGAUGAAAGGAAUUUGCAGGGGUGUAUAAAAGAGCAUUUAAGUGGAGAUAAUUUAGUACAAAACGAAAUGUUUGAUGCUCUACGAAUGUCAUUCAACCCAGAAAAACUUGUUUUGAACCUGAUGAAAACAUCUCUUGAUCAAUAUUGGAAAAAAGGAGAUGUUGGUUUUGAAGCAACUCUCAUGAAGAUCCACAUUCCCCUGUUGAAGGAGCUGAUGAAAGUCUUACCGCAUGUUAGAGAUCAUGUGGAAGAAGAUGCAAUGGAGCUAGCAGUUCAGUGGAAAGAAAGACUGAGAGCUGAUUCUGAAAAUUCACUGGAGAUUUUUUCUUUUCUGCAGUUUAUAGCUACAUAUGGAUUGCUUUCUUUCUUGAAUGGAGAUGAAAUUGUAAAGCUUCUUGGCAUGAUUUCUCAGCAUAAACAGGCCCUAGAAUUACAUCAAACACUUGGUUUUUCUGAUAAGAUCCCUGAUUUUAUUCAGAAUCUUAUUGAAAGGAAGCAACUGAUUGAGGCUCUUAGAUUUAUUUGCACCUUCGAGGUAGUUCACAAGUUCCCGCCAGUACGACUCAUAAAAGAAUAUGUGGAAGAUGCAAGGAAGUCGUACUGGACAAAAUGGAUGGAAAAAAAAUCACAAAAUGAAAAGGAUAUUGUUGUAAAAGACCAAAUAGCUGAUCUUAGAGCUGUGAUUCAAUGCAUCAAAGAUUACAAUCUUGAGUCUGAAUACCCAUCCAAGGACAUCGAGUCAGAAAUUCUUCAGCUGGGAAAACUAAAGGAGAGUUGGAGACCUUUACAGAUAUCUUUUACCUCCAAGUUGGGACAACGAGAACAUGAAGAAAGGAAGAAGCGUAGUACUAGCACUUCUGCCCCCAAGUUUCAACCACCAGAGAAACGUCAAAAUAUAAGUCAUCCGACACCUCUGGCAGCUAUUCCUAGACCUUAUGCAUUGCCAACUUUCAACAGUGACUCGUCUCGGCUGUAUGAAAACUAUGGACACCCUGGGCGGUUUGUUAUGGAUGCCAAUGACCAUCAAAUUGGUGCUAAUGGUGCCAUGCAGUUAAGUUCGUCAUCUCUGCUGCAUGAAACUGGUGCAGAUAAGUUUGGCAUGGUGGCCAGCAACCAAGAAACUGGUGCUAAUUUUGGUGCAGUGGAGUUAAGUUCGUCAUCUCGGCUGUAUGAAAAUUACAGACACCCUGCACAGUUUCAUAUGGCUGCCGCUGCCAACGAACAUGAGACUGGUGCUAAUUUUGGUGCCAUGGGGUUAAGUUCAUCAUCUCUGCUGUAUGAAACUUAUGGACACCCUGCACAGUUUCGUAUGGCUGCCGCCAACAACGUCCAUGAAAUCGGCACUAAUUUUAGUGCCAUGCAGAAUGCCGGGCUACCUCACUCCCAUCACUUGUUGCCCAACACUCAUAGUUAUGACCCUAAUCAAAUAUAGUAGGAACGUUCCACACGCUUAAACUUUGAAGGACCAGUUUAUAUUGGAUUGAAUUCUGAAAAUCCAGUCCCACUGUAUAGUGCUGAUUUUAGAGACCUUCAAUUGCAUCUAUGGCACAUCUUUUGGUAAGCA